CUCCUCAACAACAUUCACCGAGCCCCUCCUCACCUCCUCAUCUUCUUCCCUGCUUCUCGUCCUCUUUCUUCCCUUCUCCUCCCAAGGUCCACCAGCAAUGACGACCGUCGAAGGAUCCACCGAGGUGGCUCGCAUCGACACCAAGGCUGCCGCUAAGAUCGCAUCGCAGGUCGAAGACUACGAUGCCCUCGUCCACGAUGCCCGCGAAGCCGCUGACGAUGAGCAUUCGAUGGGCAUCCUCGCCUCGAUUCGAGCGUACCCAAAAGCAGUCUUUUUCUCUGUCGGAAUCAGCUUGGCCAUCGUCAUGGAAGGAUAUGAUACCAUCUUGUUGGGCAAUCUAUUCGCGCAACCGGCUUUCCAGAAAAAGUACGGAGACUGCAAUGACGCCGGAAAGUGUCAAGUCUCGGCCGCCUGGCAGUCUGGCCUGCAAAACGGACAGCUUGUGGGCAACAUCCUCGGUCUUCAGCUCGUCGGCUUCCUCACAGAGAGGAUCGGGUACCGGAAGACAAUGCUGUACAGUCUCCUCUUCAUGGCCGCCUUCAUCUUCUUCCCCUUCUUUGCACCCAAUCUCCCCGUUCUUCUCACCGGCCAAAUCCUUCAAGGUCUCCCUUGGGGUAUUUACCAGUCCCUCGCCGUCAGCUAUGCCGCCGACGUCUGCCCCGUCUCGCUCCGCCCGAUCCUGACCACCUACGUGAACCUCUGCUGGGUCAUUGGACAACUUCUCGCGUCUGGUGUGCUUCGCGCCACCGUAGAAAGGACGGACAAAUGGGCGUACAAGCUGCCGUACGGUCUCCAGUGGAUGUGGAUCCCCCCGAUCUUCGCCGUUUGCUACUUCGCACCCGAAUCGCCAUGGUGGCUGGUCAGGCAAAAUCGAAUGGACGAGGCCGAGACUUCUCUGCGACGCUUGGCCGGAAAGUCACACAAUUCCCGUGAGACUGCGCAAAAGACUGUGGCCAUGAUCAAGCACACCGAUGAGAUGGAGAAGGCAAUGCACACUGGGGGCGGCUCCUACUUCGACUGCUUCAAGGGCACCAACCUUCGCCGUACCGAGAUCGCCUGUGUCGCUUGGCUCAUUCAGACUUUCUGCGGCAGCCCACUCAUGGGUUCGUCCAGCUACUUCCUCGAGCAGGCUGGACUUCCCACCACACAGGCCUUCAACCUUACCAUUGGUUCCUUCUCUCUUGGCGCUCUCGGCACCAUGUCCUCGUGGUUCAUCAUGCGAUGGGCCGGUCGCCGGACAAUGUACCUCUACGGUCAGAUCAUUAUGUUCACCAUCCUCAUCGUUGUCGGAUCCCUCGGCGCCUCAGGCGGCUCCCCAUGGGCCAUCGGUGGGCUUCUCCUCGCCUUUACCGCCGUUUACGAUGCCAGCGUCGGUCCGGCCUGCUACUCGAUUGUCGCCGAAAUUGGCUCAACUCGCCUUCGCUCGCGCACUGUCGUUCUCGCCCGAAACGUCUACAACCUCGGCAGCAUCGUCGUAAAUAUCAUCAACCCAAAGAUGCUCAACCCCAACGACUGGAAUCUCGGCGCCAAGAGUGCCUUUGUGUGGGCCGGAACGGGUGCCCUUCUUCUCGUCUGGACCUACUUCAGGUUGCCCGAGCCCAAGGGAAGGACCUACGGCGAGCUGGAUCUCCUUUUCGAACAGAAGGUACCGGCAAGGAAGUUCGCCAGCACCAUUGUCGACGAGUUCGGCUCCGCCAGUCAGCAACAGCACGCGAGGGCUAUGGCGCAGGCCCAGGGCGAGAAGACGUCAGUGGACGAGGAAGAGAAGAAGUCGGGCGAUGUUACUCCUCCCGUCAACACUCUCACGUACAAUGCCUAA